AUGGGGCUUGAAAGGUCAGGGGUGGACUUGGAUGGGGCUAGAAAGGUCAGGGGUGGACUUGGGUAGGUCAGAAAAGGUCAGGGGUAGACUUGGAUGGGGCUAAAAAAGUCAGGAAUGCGGCCAAAAAGGUCAAGGGAAUGCUCUGGUAGGGCUAACAUUUUCUGCAGUGGCAACAACAUGGGCAACUUUCGCAGCAACUUAAAUAAUUUUGAAGUAUUUUUGCAACUAUUAGAUGCAAUAAAUUGUUUUUAUACAUGUUUUGGAAGUUUACAUAGACUUAAGACAUAAGUUGCGGCAGUGGCAGCAAAAUUGGCAACUAUUCGGAAGCGGGAACAACAUUAUACAUGCAUAGCAACAAUUAUUGAUAAUUAAAACAACUUUUCAAAACAUAAGGCAACGUUUUUUCAUAUAUGUUAGCAUAUAUAUCAACCGAUCCCGAAUUGUCCCCGAUCCGCUGAUCCCGAACUGUCUUUUUUCUCCGAUCCCGAAUUGUCCUAAAUGCCGAAUUGUCCGAAGACGAAAAUAUUAUUUUUAAGUCGAAAAGUGUCUGUUUCGUCGGUUUUGUUUGAUUUUAUUGGUUUUGUUGGGUUUUCUAUUUAUAUUGGAAAGCUGUACAUAGCUGAACAGGGGGUGGGCGGAAAGAAAGUUUAUGUUAUUGACGUUGUAAAUACAGUUCUUGUCAUGUAUUGUAUUGUAAGCAAAGUUUUUGUCAUUUAAUGUGCUGUAAUGAAAGUUUUUACUAUUUUAUGUUUUGUAAAUAAGUGUUUGUCAUUCCAGAUGAUAUUCAUUGAUUUGACCGAAAGUUCUGCGAGAAUUUGAUCCAACUUCACGAGCCGUCUCCAGGAGCUCGUGAGAAGCAGUGCAUGACCGUUGAUGGCUUCACAUGUUAUCUACUGUUUAGAGCUGGCCUAGUAUUUGAUCCACAGCAUUUUCAAGUUUGUCACGAUAUGUCGCGGCCGUAUAUCGCGGCGUCGUAUAAUACCUACUUGGUCGAGGAUCAAACCCAAGGACCGUGCUCGGUUGACGACUACAUUACGGCGUUGUAGAGGAAUUGUCGUUUUGUAGAAAGUAGGUCUUUCUAAGUUUAAUGAGGGGUAUUUUUUGAAUGAUUUUUAAGUUUUGGUACAUUUUUUAAAUUUCUGAAAAGAAUGAUACUAUUGGUAUUAUUUAACGUACUAAAAUGUACGAUACUUACAGGAUAGUUUUGAGAUUGAAAGGUUUUGAAUUUAGUUUAGGCUUUGUUUUAUCUUAUUUUAGUUUUGAAAAGUGAAGAAAGGUUUGAAGAAAAGAGCCAUGUUUUAAAUUUUUUUUGUGGCAAAAUUGGUUUUGAUAUCACUUGAAAAAGCAUAAAAAUUUAAAUUUUCAUGUUUUUCGUUCUUUAAUUUUGUCACUUUCAGGAAUCAUCAGCCAUAGCAUCAACGGAAAAUGACAGUUCUGCUCGAGGACACAUUGACAAGGAGCAGUUUAUCGAGAUCUACAAAGAUAUAAGUACACGACCUGAAAUCUACUUUUUAAUGGUGCGAUAUGCAAACAAGGAUUACCUCAGUUGCGACGUUUUACAGAUGUUCUUGGAGACUGAACAAGGGGUAGGUGGAUAG